ACAGCUGAUGGAUAUCAUGUGGACGAGGUGCAUGCAACAUGGAUUUAUCCAAAGGGAGCGCAGAGGAUAGAGAUCACAACCGCCUCCUCCGCUGUAUGAAUUCCCCAUGAAAGGAUCAGGGAGGCAGGGCAGAGCAGAUGGGGGGAGGUGGAGUGCUCUCGGCGCCAUCAUCGCAUCUCUGGGUGGAUGCUCCGUCCUCCUGAUAGACCGGCCUGCUGGAGGACCGAAAAGCCAAACCCCCCCGGUGUGAGGGCUGAGGGAGAUCCUAUAAAGCCCCGUGUCUCAGCACUAGCCUUAUCACUCUCUGCCUCUCUGUGACCUGCAGGCUGUUGCGGAUUAAUCUUUGUGCUGUGUUAUCAGGAGCAGCAGCCAUGUCUCACGGAUGGGGAUACGGACCGAGUAACGGGCCUGAAAAAUGGGGACAAGAUUUUCCCUUGGCUGAUGGGCCCAGACAGUCUCCCAUCAACAUUGUCCCUAAGGAGGCCCAGUACGACUCCACUCUGAAGUCUCUCAAACUCAAGUACGACCCCUCCAACGCCAAGGGCAUUCUCAACAACGGACACUCCUUCCAGGUGGACUUCGAGGAUGACGCCAACAGUUCCACCCUUACUGGAGGUCCUGUUUCUGGAACAUACCGUUUGAAGCAGUUUCAUUUCCACUGGGGGGCCAGUGAUGACAGAGGCUCCGAGCACACCGUCAAUGGCAUCAAGUUCCCCUGUGAGCUUCACCUGGUGCACUGGAACACUAAGUACCCCAGCUUUGGAGAGGCAGCCAGCCAGCCUGAUGGACUUGCAGUGGUGGGGGUCUUCCUCAAGAUUGGUGCUGCCAACCCCCGGCUUCAGAAGGUUCUGGAUGCCUUGGAUAGUAUUAAGACAAAGGGGAAGCAGACCGUCUUUGCUGACUUUGACCCAAAGACCCUCCUGCCUGGUUCUCUGGACUUCUGGACCUAUGACGGCUCUCUGACCACGCCCCCUCUGUUGGAGAGUGUCAGCUGGAUCGUCCUCAAGGAGCCAAUCAGUGUCAGCUCGGCACAGAUGGCAAGGUUCCGUGGCCUCCUCUUCACAGGAGAAGGAGAAGCUCCAUGCUGCAUGGUGGACAACUACCGCCCCCCCCAGCCUCUGAAGGGCCGCCAGGUCCGUGCGUCCUUCAAAUAAACAGCGCUUCAUCUUAACUGCCUACUCCUUCCCUCCUUACCCAAAUCUUCAUUAUCCUAUUAUUCUCCACAUGCAGUCAUCUUAUACUAGCCUUAAGGAAAUUAACUUGAAGUAGGUCUGCUUAAAGUUUCUAUAAUAUAGACAGACUGGAUGUAUCUAGAACAAAAUAACAGAUUAUUGAGCUUUGAGACUAUUAAGACAUAAGCCAUAUUUACAUUUAUCAUGUCAAAUGUCUCGUUUCCAGAUAAAGUGCAGAUGAUAUUUAAGAUAUUUUAAUUGACAUUAAGCCAUGAAUAUGCUCCAUAGACAGACCAUAGAUUUAUGAUUUGUGAGUAGUACGAGUAAAGACGCAUUUAUGACGCAUCUCCAACCUUAUCUGGGGGGUGGAUGCAUGAAGUGUAAAUUGGUUCAUAGGUUGUGCACUCAGCAUAUUACAUACAUAUUAAAUACCCCCUUGGUCAGACACUGCCUUAAUACAGACACAUGUGGUCUUUUAGUUUAUAUAAGCUAACAUACAGACCCGAGAUCUUCUGAAAUGGUCACAAAUACUAAAAGAAAGAGAGGAAUUAUGGCUCCUAAUCUCAUAAUUAGAAAUAUUAGUGUCUAUUGAUGUGCAACAAAACAAUAUGCCUUUUCAUUCACAAAAUAUACUCAAAUAGAAUACAUUAUAUUCUAAAAUGUAUGUCUGUGUUAUCGUAGGGAACUUAAUAAUUAAUAGCAUUUAAAAUACAAUUAAUAUAUAUUUUUUUGUUAGCAGCGAUGCACUGAAGUAAAAAGAUAUACAGAUGAUUUUUAAUGUAAACCUACAGCUAGCUUAUUUAAGGUGAAUGUAGAAUAAGUGACAUGCUGUGAUGUUUGUCAAAAUGUCUCCAUGCUUUUUAAUACAGUAACGAUAUGCCUUGUUUGAAAAUGAAAACAUUUAUCAAUUUUCUGAAGAUUCCUUCUAUGCAUUUCAUUGUUGUGUGAAUUUGUUGCUCGGAUUGUGAAAGGUGAGGUUUUCAUUGAUGCCUCAGUUUCAAAAGUAUUGAUCCUGAGUUUGGGUGUAACAUCCUGCAUUGGUGUGCACUCUGGCCACACUGAUAAUGUUUAAAUAUACACUGAAAAAACUGAAACAUUGACUUUACUGCAAUGUAUUAUGUUAAGAGAUUUCACAUAAAAGUAUUAGGUUAGUUGAAAGCAAUAAGUUGAACCUAAUACUUAUUAUUUCAACUUAAUAUUAUUGCUUUCAACUAACCUAAUACACUUAUGUGAAAUCUGUUGACAUACACAAUACAAAGUAAGACUUUGAAGUAAAGUCAAUGUUUCAGUUUUCUCCGUGUACGUACCGUAUGAUCACUUCAUGAUGGUAUACAAUGCAAAGCUCCAGUAUGUUGUUUGGCGGUAUUUGUGCGCACUAAUGAAUGUAGUAGAAAAUGGACUUCCAAUCAUUUUGGUUAAUGUCCCUCCAUUUUUUUUAUUAAUACUAUGCCAACUGAACUACCUAUCACCACAGUGCAUUAAACAUUGCCUUAUGUAAGAGCUGUUGAGUUUGAACAAAUAGAAAGGAAUAACUUGUGACUUUGCAUUAAAGUGUAAACAUAGAAUGUGUCAUUAGAUUUCUGUCAUAUUUCAGCAUGUCUAUCGUCAUUAAUCCUUUAACUUGAAUUAGAUCAAUGGCAGAUAUGCAUUAGAGACCUGCGCAAUGUUACUUUUUAGGUCUUGUAUCAAUGUUAUAAGACAAUGAGUGUGGCUAUAGUGGAACCUUUAAAAAAAAUCGCUCACAUUACAGAUGGAGAAAUGUGUUUCAUGGAAUCUGUCAUGUCAUAAUGGAAAAUAAUUUUCAAUAAAAACAAAUUACACGCA